AUGUCAUUUUUUAUGGGCACAAAUCUGGCUUCACGUGAAAAAAAGAUUCUUUUAAUUGCUCGGACAUAUGAUUGUCCUCGUCUAGAUUCUCUCACUAGAUAUUUGGACCAUUCUCAAAAUUAUUAUAAAGUAUUAUUUUUGGAUAACGACAAAGUAUUAAAUAGAUAUGUAAAGAAAAACUUCAGAGGACAGUGUCCGCUUAUAUUUGUAGAUAACAUUUAUCGUGGUAAUGGCGUGGAUGUAAUACAGUCAAUUGAUAAAACACUUACAUUUCAUGACUGGUUUUAA